CUUCACAAAAUGAAAAAGGAGAAUAGAAAAUAAACGAAAUCCGACCCAAAAAUCUCUGCAAAAUCUUAGCACAAUAACGCCAUAACGGCAUGUUGAACUCCAUAGAAGAGUACCGGUAAUUGUAAGCAAGCAAACCAGAAUCGCCUCUGGUCGCUAGGAGGUUCUUUUCUUUCUCGGCGUCGUCGGAUUAAUUAGCUCUCAAACUUUAUCCUCCUCCGCCUAACAAAUCUAUCUCCCUCCGUCUCCCAUGAAAGCAAAUCCCCUUUUCAUAUAUUAAUUAGGUCAGACUUCAACUUCUCUCAUCUUUCCCUCCAAAUCUCCCCUCGUGCAGGAUUUUGUAGGGGGGUUUUCUUUCUCUUUCUCCCCCCUCUUUGACAUCCGCGUUCCUCAUUUCUUUGGUCACCGGUCUAUUCGGACGGGGGGAGUCGAAGAAAUUCAAACUCGGAAAUCAUACUAUUCUGGACUCUUGCUCUGUUUCACCCCCCUUCCCUUCGAGAUGAAACAAGGAAGAGGAUUGGGAAGGUUAUAUUGAAUGAAUGAAUGGUUGGUUGCGGCAACCAUGUUUCUUCCCCCCACCAAACCCCUUUCAGAGCGACGAAUCAUGGGGUUGGGCAUGUGUUCUUCUUCUUCUUCCGGUACCCGGAAAUUGCUUCUUUUUGCGGCAUCUUUCUGGGUUUGCUUACUUGCUCUGUUUCGCUUUGUCACCGGAGCAACCACCGCGUCUCUCUGCAGAACCGAAACCAGUGCUGCCGCCAUUUCUGCAGCGAAAGGCUCCGACUUUGUAGAACCGGAGGAGCUGCCUGAAAUGGGGACUGAACCGGAAAAUGAAGCGGAGUCGGACGUUUAUGGAUAUAGAGAGGAUGAUUCAGGGUAUGAGAAGUCUCCCAAAUUCGUAGAAUUUGUAGAACCGGAGGAGCUGCCUGAAACGGUGCAGGAACCUGUAAUUGAAACGGGGUCGGGCGUUUCUGAAUGUAGAGGAGUAGUCACGGAAGAGAAGGAUGAGUCAGGGGAUGAGAAGAAGUCGCCCAAAUUCGUGUUCAAAUUCGAGUACCAGAGCUAUAGAGAAGAAGAAGAAGAAGAAGAAGAAGAAGAAGAAGAAGAAGAAGAAGAAGAAGAAGAAGAAGAGCAAGAGCAGAUUGAAUUCGAGCCUUCUUCUCCGUUGGACUCUAUACCCCCCGCUUCAGCUACCAGUAAGUACGAAUUCUUGUCCGGAAAGGAUUUUAGCCACUAUGUGGAGGAGCCGGAAUCCGUUCGCCUCACCGUGAAGGAGUGUUUUCUCGGUCCCGAUGAGGGUUUUACAGCUGCCGGAGAAGUUUCCAAAGUUGUUGAACGGGAAGAGAUUCCCGCUAAUGUUAGUGAAGAUGCUGCGACUGAGGCGGAAUUCUUUGAUCAAGAGGCUUCAAUCGGCACAGGGAAGAAGGCAGUUGAUUUUGAGCUGCCACUAGAGGAUUUAUUCAUGGGUGAGGAACUGGACUUGGAGUCGAUAGCUUCAAGCAGCGGAUUCAUGAGCCGUUCCCUCUGCUCAACCAGUGAUGAUGACGGGUUCUUUUCAGAUUGUGAUUCUGAAAAAGAGGGAAUGAUGAAAUUUCUCAACAGCUUGAAUUACGAGGAGGGCGUCGAUGAUCUCGAGGAUGAAGAAUCACAACAUGAAGCGGGUUCCGAGGUAAAUGAUCCAAAAGGUGGUAAAGAUGAUCAGUUUAAGUCUGAUUCACAGGAUGAUGCAUCUGGUUGGGACUCGGAGGACACGAGUAAUGGAUUGGAGAUAUUGUGGGAGCAUCAGGAGUUAAUAGAGCAGCUGAAAAUGGAGCUGAAGAAUGUUAAAGCAACUGGCCUCCCAACCAUUUUAGAAGACGACGAGUGUCCAAAGGUUGUGAUGGAAGAUUUGAAGCCAUGGAAGAUCGAGGAGAAGUUCCACCAUGAAGAUAGGAUGAGUGAGCUUCACAAGUUCUACAAGAGCUACAGGGAAAGGAUGCGCAAGUUCGAUAUCUUGAAUUACCAGAAGAUGUAUGCAACAAGCUUUCUGCAGUCCAAGGACCCAUUUCAUUCCAUGUCAGCAACUCAAAAAAGCGAGGCUUCAGCUUUGGGAACCCUUUUCACUCAGAAGCUGAUGCUACUCAAGCGCAAGAAGUCCAGUUCUGAUCCAAUGGCAAACUUCAUGAAGGAAUUGCAGGGUGUGUUAGAAACAGUGUACGUUGGACAAAUGUGCCUCUCCUGGGAAAUCCUACAUUGGCAGUACCAGAAAGCAUUAGAGCUCUACGAUUCUGACCAUUUUGGUACGAGGAUGUACAACGAAGUUGCGGGCGAGUUCCAGCAGUUCCAGGUUCUGCUGCAAAGGUUCAUCGAGAACGAGCCUUUUGAAGGACCGAGGUUGCAGAACUACGUCAAGAAGCGUGUUGUGAUGCGGAAUUUGCUCCAAGUUCCGGUCAUUAGAGAGGACGGGAGCAAGGAUAGGAAAUCAAGAAGAAGAAUAAGAGGGAAGGACGGUGGGGCGAUUACAAGCGACAAGCUGGUGGAGAUAAUGGAGGAAUCAAUCAGAAUCAUGUGGAGAUUCAUACGAGCCGAUAAAGAUUCACAUACUGCAAUGCAUCUCAAUACCCGGAAGAAAGGAACUCAAAUUGAGCCUCGUGAGGAUCCUGCUCAUCUCGAGUUGCUCUCAGAAGUCCACACAACUCUUCAAAAGAAGGAGAAGAGGUUGAAGGAGAUGAUGAGGAGUGGGAGUUGCAUACUGAGGAAGUUUCAGAAGAAGCAGAAGAAGCACGACGAAGAAGAAAGUAGUAGCUCGUCGGAUAAUGUGCUGUACUUCUUCUGUCAAGUGGACAUGAAGCUGGUUGCCAGGGUUCUUAACAUGUCGAAAACAACGACAGAGCAGUUGCUGUGGUGUAGGAGUAAAUUGAGCAGGAUCAGUUUUGUAGGGAGAAGGGUUCAUGUUGACCCUUCCUUUUCUCUUUUCCCUUGCUAGUUAGCUGCUAGUACUAAUGCUGCUACUGUAUAUUUAUACCACUAGGGCAAAUUUUUCUGUGUAUAGUGUAGUGUAUUGAGGGGAACUAUCUUGUAUUCCAAGGCACUUAGGGGGGAAAACACUAAUUAGAGUUGAGGAAAGAAGGCACUUCUUCUGUUAGCUGGGCAAGAACUAGUGUACAGCAGCUACUGACAGAGACCUAAACCUCUGUAUUGUCAUUUCUUCUUCUAGAGCUUUUCUUUUAGUUUGAUUUAAUAUGAAGAGAGUUUCAACUUUCAACCAAAUGGGAGCUGGUUGACUGGAA